ACUUUCUCAACUGUCGUUUCGAAUUUCUAUUUGCAAUCUGCUUCACCUUCUUUUGUAGUUUUAUUUUUUAUUUUUUGGGUUUUCGUUCGCAACAAAAGAAAAGCAAAAACUAGCAGAUAUUAUUAUACAUUAGGACUGUAGAGUAAUGCCGCUGUACGAGUCUUAUCCUACAUAUACCAUUUGAAUUACGGAGUGCUAUAUGGAUGUUUGUUUUCAGAAAUUCAUGAAAUAGAUAUUAUUCUUGUUGUGUAAAUUGGAGUGUUGGUUGAUGCAAGUCAUGGGAAGUUAAAUCAACUUGUUUUGUUUGAUUUUGCUUAGACAUGGAUUUUGUUUGUUGUACUGAUGAAUGAGAAUGUUAGGUUUCCUAUCGCUGAAUGACUUGAAAUGCUGAAGGGAACACUAUUUCUCACAUGAAUAGAGUCCUAGCUGAGCUCUGCCAGUAAAGCUAUUUAUGCAGCAAUAAAUAAAUAUAAUUGGUGAGCACAGUAUUUUUUAAAAUGGACAGGUCGCUGAUGAAAUACAGGUAACUCCAUGCAGUUAUACAAUCAAACUAAGUGAUCAACAUACAAUAUCAGUAUAUGUGAAGUAUUUUGGGAUGCACUAAUGGAUGAUAGUUCUGUUCGAGAAAAUGGCAGCACCUUGUCGUCAUGCCAACAGGAUUGGAUUGAAGCACAGGAUCUGCUCAAGAGAAAAAUGAUUGCUGAAGAUGAUUUCACAUGGACAAUACCAUCACAUGGCUCAAGUCCACAAGAAGGUUCCAAAAGCGAGAAGCUAAAGUAUAUUGGUGGGGUUGAUAUCAGCUUCUUAAAAGAGGACCCUUCUAUAGCAUGUGCUGCUCUCGUAAUUCUGGAUGCUGAUACUUUGAAUGUUGUCCAUGAAGAGUUUGAUGUUACCAAACUGCAAAUUCCUUACGUUCCCGGUUUUCUUGCUUUUAGAGAGGCUCCAGUUCUUCUAGGACUCUUGGAUAAACUGAAGCAUGGUGUUCAUCCUUUCUAUCCGCAGUUAUUGAUGGUUGAUGGCAAUGGGUUGCUCCAUCCUCGAGGUUUUGGUUUGGCUUGCCAUCUUGGUAUCCUUGCCAAUCUUCCUACCAUUGGGAUAGGAAAAAAUUUGCAUCAUGUGGAUGGCCUUACUCAGUCUAGCGUGAGGCAGUGUCUAGAAGCAAGAGAAAAUCGUGACAAGGAUCUGGUCCCAUUAAUUGGGAAGUCAGGAAAUAUAUGGGGAGUGGCAAUGCGAUCCAGUCCUGGUUCAUCGAAACCCAUUUAUAUAUCAACCGGCCAUCGGAUAUCCCUUAACUCUGCUAUCAGGAUUGUGAAAUUGUGUUGCAAAUUUCGUGUUCCUGAGCCAAUCCGGCAGGCUGAUAUAAGAUCAAAGGUAUUCCUUCAGAAGUUUAAAGGAUCAGCACACUUAAUGAAAUAAAUCGGUCAUGCUCCUGCUGUGAGGAAAGGAAGAACCCUAAGGAAACAUCCAUCUUCUUUGGUGAAGUACUUCUGUCCAGCAUUAGAUGGUUCAAGCUCAUGGUACUCAGUCAGGACAUUAUUUAUAGAAGAAUGAUUUGGUGAUAUGUCAGGGUUCUAAAUAAAGCUUGAUGAGUGCUUAAGAGGGGCAUUCAGGUCGUGUGAGGUAAAGUUGCAAAGUUUGAGCCAUGAGAGCACAUUUGCUGCUGCUGCUGCUAUUUAUGAUGAUGCUAGCAACCACACCUGUCUUUAGCUCUUCGCGGGGCGCAUCACAGUCCUGGUUGGCAUCAGCACCUCAAUUAUCGUUUGAUGCCGGCCUGCCUCAAGAUGGAGAUGCUUGGAUGCAAGAAUAUAUCUGGGAAGAUGAUUUAUUGGCCCAGAAGGAAGAUUAUGGAUUCAUUGAUCUGGUGCAAGUAUCCUGGUGAACUAGCUGUUUCUAUUCUGCAGGCCUGACCUUGCUUGUUCUCUCGAUCUUCUUUUUCUGAAUAUUCAUGCAUCGUGAUUGAAGUAAACAUAUUCUGCUAUCAGUGUGUACACAUAUCAUGAUAUUUCUGAUAUAACGUAUUGAAAGCUACAUAUCCACAAAAUAAAAAGGUUGUGAGAAGUUAAAUACAA